UUUAUCUGUGACAGAACAGAAAUUAGUAGAACUUUCCAAUCGGUCGAUUCUUUGUUCAUUUUGGUUAAAUUGUGCGAAAAUUGAUCACGUCCAUUGCAUUGCAUCGUUCCAUAUUUGUUUAGCAGUGUAUUACACAAGUUUAUAAUGUUUCAGAAGAACGUAAUGUAAAUUUAUAAAGUGAACAGUCUAAUAAAAGUGUUGACACGACGUAAGCAGAAGUAAAAAAAAGAAAUGAGCAAAAUGGUGCCAUAGAACGUGUAAUUUUUCUACACCUUAAGAAAAUUCAUCCAACCAAAAUGGCGCAGAACGCAGAGGAAAUUGAAAUUUGUGAAACUAAUCCAAAUUCCCUCGUAGAAAUAUGUAUAAACAAUAUCGCGCGUGAUCUCGACGCAAUUUCGAUAAGAGAUCCUGACACCCUCAUACGCAGCCUUAGAAGUGAUAUAAUUCUUCCCGCAGAAGUGUGCGAAAAAUUUAUUGAAGUAUUCCAAGAGAGACAUGUAAUUGAUGACAAGAUCGCGAAUAUAUUUCGCGACACCGAAAGCACAAAAAUCAUCAACUUGAAGCUGCGGAACGCGGCAGUGACCGUGGAAGGUCUCCUCUGCUUUAUGGUUCAUAAACCAAAAACGGUGGAGUUAAUUCACUGUGUUGAUUUGACACAGGAGGCCAUCGAUGUGAUCAAUGAUCAUAGCGAAAAUCUGGUUUCUCUUAAAUUUGGACCUCUGUGUUACACCGUUUCACAGAAUACACUAUAUCAGAGGGAUUACAUCUUGUCCAUACCACAACUAAGGAUGCUGUCCAUUCAGUGCCGCAGGGCAACUAGCUUCCCGUUAUUACUCACACUGCCUCUGUACUGCUUGAGGCACUUGGAACUAUCUGAGUUGAGUCAAUCUAAUUACCUGCUUGCUUUGCAAGGCCUUGAGACUCUGGAGUCAUUGAUCCUUUACAAUGUACGGAUUGAGACUGGACUAGUGGAAUGGAUUUGUACCCUGCACUCAUUAAAGCACCUAGAUUUGUCUCAAUCAAACGAAAGGUUGGGGAUAUUCCCGAAUCCAAAUACUAUGCUAGCAAGGAUGAUGCAUUGUCUCCCACGUCUUAUGUCUCUGGACAUUUCCGGUACUAAUUUAGCUGGGACGGGAUCUACACCCCCCCCUGAAGCAGAAGGUGAGGAACCUGAAAUACCGCCAGUUAUUGUGAGGUGUGACAUUCCUGGCCUUUACAGUCGAGUGGACAGGCCUCUGCACUUCCUGGGGCUUUACGGAACACAUAAUGGGGCCUGCAGGUGGCAUGAUAUUCCAGCUAAAGUGAUUACAGGUGAUGCCAGCGAGGAUCAAGUCCUGACAUCUGCAAAGGUUUAUAUGGGAAGACCUGCAAUGCUUGCUCAUGUGCUCAAUGAUCUAUACUACCUGUUCCGUUAUGAUCAAUGUGAAUCAGUACAUCAAUCUCUUGCUGUAGUACUGGACGCCAUGGCUCGACAUAUCCCAGAGAAACAUAUUCAAAUAUCUGGAAGUGCCACCCUGUUUUACAUUGUGAAAGGGAAGGAAAAAGAUAAGUUGGGGAAAAAAUCAAAGCAUGAUAUCCUGAAAGCUUUGCUGAAUGCAAUGGAAGAACAUAGGAAAGAUGAAACUGUAAUGAGGAAUGGUUGCAUAACCAUCUGCCAGUUCAAAAUACCAGCUGAUGUGCUGUGCGAGUAUGAACGUUUAGUUCAAAUGCUGCUGAGCUGUGUGCCCUACCAGAGCCAAGAGGGAUUCGUUCAGCGCGUGUCUAUUUACCUGCUUAACUCUCUGGCCUGCCAGGUUGAUGGAAACCGGAAAUUAUUUUUGGGGAAAAGUGGCCUCAUUGAGAAAAUGGUGCAACUGAUAACUACACGUCACGAAUGUGUUCUGUGUGAUGAUGUGCUUGAGGUCGCGUGGUCCACUCUGUGGAAUGUUACUGACGAAACGCCGGCUAACAGCAGUCGCUUCCUCGAAUGCCACGGAAUGGAGUUAUUCAUUGCAUGUCUCGAGACUUUCCCCCAGAAAGAGGAAUUACUCCGCAACAUGAUGGGCUUGCUGGGCAACGUCGCUGAGGUGGCUGAACUGAGACCUCAGUUGAUGGACACUGAGUUCCUUGAUGUCUUCUACGAUCUUCUAGAUUCGUCUAGCGAUGGAAUCGAGGUAAGCUACAAUGCGGCUGGUGUGCUGGCCCACAUUGCUUCUGAUGGAGAAGAAGCCUGGGUGGUAGCCAACCCAUCAAGAGACGCUGUCCUCGCGCGCCUGGCCAUGGCAAUACAGACCUGGAACCUCCGCGAUGAGAGAAAUAUAAAUUACCGCUCAUUCAAGCCCAUCUUGGGUCUACUCAGUGUUUACCACACUCCGCCAUGCCAGCAUUGGGCAGUGUGGGCCCUUGCUAACCUGACUACAGUAUACCCACAAAAAUACUGCAGCUUGGUGAUUGCCGAAGAUGGUAUUUCACUCCUUAAAAAGAUAAUAAAAGACAAGAGGCCAUACCCAGUGAUUAAAGAUCUGGCAAGCAUUGUGAUCAACAACUGCUCCCGCUACUCCGCUCAGGACAACGAGAACCCGGCUCCGGAUCCUGUGUCUUAUGACAAUUAGCUAUUGGAGUUCUUUGGAGAGGUUGACCCAGAGAUAAGGGAAUAGCAACGAAUUUUAUUCCUCAGAUGCGUUGCAAUCUGGGCGGGAAGCGUCACGAUGGGCUUCAUAUCUAUUAUUAGUUAUGCAUUAACCCAAUAAAUACAUAACACGGCCAGUUUGAAUUAUCCUUAAAUGUGGAACAAUGAAAAUUGGGAUUGCGGUUUGUAGAAUAGUGUAGUGUUUUAAUGGUGAUUGUGCUUACCGAUGCCGUGUUAUUGACGACGCUUCCAAUCUCUCCGGACUCUUUGAGUGAGUGCUAUAAACAGUUUUAGUGUUAGAGUAUAAAUUAUAAUGUAUAUCGGUUUAAACAACCGAUUUUCACAACUUACAUAAUAGUGUUUGAAGUUUUAACUCUUACUAUGAGUUAGAAACGCUCACGUAUGAACAUGUUAUGAUCUCAAAGAAAUAGCAUGUUUUUAUGUGAAACAGCUAGUUAAUCCAUAGUUAUUUGUCAUAGAUUGUUCAGUAUUCUGAAUAAGUGUGUUGUAAACCAAUUUGACUUGAAAGUAUUUCAUUAUUACUAUAUUUUAUUGUUCAAAUAGUAUAGAAUUUGAUGAUUGUAUUACUUUAUGACUAUACUUUAUAAGAUCUGUAUUUCAAAUAUUUGUAUUGAUGAUAGUUUAAGAUUGAAUAUUGCACAAACACUAAGGAGUUUGAAAUGCUUCAAUUUUGAUGUUGAAGACUUUCUUAGUGAGUGCACCUCUAUUUACUAUAGUUAUUGUAUGAACAUACAUCACAGUACUAGUCUCAACAUUACAAUUUCAUAAAAUUAAAAUUCAUUUUAGUGUGUUAGGUAAAUUGAAUAUAGAGUUAUGAUUCCAGGAAGACGUAAAUUUAAUUAUACUGAUAUAAAUAAAGUAUAAGCAUUACAAUGACAAAAAAAAUAUAAUAUUUAAGAUAAAUUGAUUAACAAAAAAUAUUUGAUCGUAAAUUUUAGCAUUAUCUCUACAUAGUACAUAAAAGUUUUAGAGGUUAUCUAAAUAACCUUUUUCAAAUACACAUAACUUAUUCCCGUUAAUAUUGAAGAUAUAGAAUUUAGAAAAUAGAACGUGAUUAAAGCGAGAUCCCAAUGUUGACAAACAACUCAUUUUAGCAUAGCGGGUUACUACUGAUUUUAAAAAUUCAUAUUAUCUUAAUUGUAGUUUUAAAGGUAUGGGUGAUUGCUUAGUAAAUAACCCUUUUAAACAUUUUAAAUAUUGACAUUAAAGUAUUAAUUGAAAAAAAAUAAAAGGCCAAAAAAUAUGUAGAUUUUGCUAAAAAAAAAUUGAAAUUUCAAAAACAGUAGUUACAAUGUUCGUAUAUAGAUUAGAUUCCAUUGUCUUUAAACUUAAGUGAUGAAAAUUAAUCGAUUUCAAGUAUCCAAAACCUCUUUAUUGUAGUCAAGUCAACUUUGCUUAAUUGUCGUCAUACAUUUGUAGGAUCUCCUCCUCAAUUUCUAGUUAAAUUCUGUCAAGGUUAUUUAAUAUUAGAUGAAUAUAUAUUAAGAUUAAUGUUUAAAAUAAUGGACGAUGUAAAUGAGAUGGCUGCGUUCGGGGUUGGGUAUUAACAUGCAAAUGUUGUACGAGGGAUUUAGUAUAAGCUCUGUGUAAAUGUCUAUAUUAUAUUAUAUUACAUUAUCUAGUUCAAAUCUUACUCAUAACUGUUUUGUUAGAGCGCCACUCAGGAACCUUUUCAUAGUCUAUUUAUCCUAAUAUGGCACCAUUGAGUAAAUAUUUAGCCAUAUAAUAGCUAAAAAUUAAAAUGUUAUGAUACAGUAUCUUGUAGUGUUAACCUAACCUUAAAUUAUUUGGUUUCUAUUUUUAUUAUGCGUCUGGUAAAUAGAUUGUUUUAUCAGAUUUUACGUUUCUGUCAAAUUAUUUGAUAGAUUGCAGCUUCGUUUGACGAUUUUAUCCAUUUUUAAGAUAUGCAAAGGUUAUAAAGUUGGAUAGAUGACAAAUUUGACAUAAAAUUUUAUUAUUUACCAGACUGUAUCUGAUUUUAUUGCAAUGUUAAAAUUUGAUGCAAAUUAAAAUUUAAACAACUAUUUUUUUGCUUACAACAAACAUUGGAUGUUGUAAAAGAGAGUGUACCUAAGUAGACAUAGCUUUUAGACGUAGUAAAUUAUUAUAUUGGUGUAUUUCUCUUAUAAACUUUUCUUGUUCUGAAUGUUCCUUGCAUUGAUCGCUAUUAGAUGUUUGAAUAGUGCUAUUAGAUAAAUUCUUAUGCUAUCGCGAUGUCUGCAGCUAAUCUAUUUAAAUUAUAUAUCUGUUAAACGAGAAUUAAAUAAUUUUUCAAUUUGUUUCACAUAAUUUAAACUAUAGAGAUUUGAUUGAUGUUAUGAACUUGAUUAUCAAUGACAAAGGAACCGGGAACUUUCAAGAGAUGUUUUAUAUGAAGUUGUUUUUGUUAGUUGAGUCAAACUUGUUUACUUCAUAUAUUUUUAUUCUUUAAGUCUUACUGCUUUAAUAUGCUAUGUGAUUUUAGAGUUGACAUGUUAAUAAAUUUAAUCUAUUUAGAA